AAGAUAUAUGUGGCAUCGGGUCGACUCACCGCAACACUUGGGCUCCUCCAGCACGCAUUAGACGCACCAGCAGCGUGGGUUCAGGACGCGAGAGACCGAAGAGACUGUCUUAUUCCCGUUCAUUUGCUAACCAAACAGAAUGGCCGACCAGGAGACUGAACUUCUCGACUACGAGGAGGAUGAGGAUGCGGUGGAGGCAGGAGUAGGAGAAACAACGGAGGCUGCCCCAGCCAAAAAGGAUGUCAAGGGUACCUAUGUGUCUAUCCACUCCUCAGGCUUCAGGGAUUUCCUGCUGAAGCCAGAAAUCCUGAGAUCCAUUGUGGACUGUGGCUUUGAGCAUCCUUCUGAGGUACAGCAUGAGUGCAUCCCUCAAGCUGUUUUGGGCAUGGACAUCUUGGGCCAAGCUAAGUCGGGUAUGGGAAAGACGGCAGUGUUUGUGCUUGCAACACUUCAGCAGAUUGACCCUGUUGAUGGUCAGGUGUCAGUUCUGGUAAUGUGUCAUACGCGAGAGUUGGCUUACCAGAUUGCCAAGGAGUAUGAGAGAUUCAGCAAGUACAUGCCCAACGCCAAGGUGGGGGUGUUCUUCGGAGGCCUGAAUGUUCAGAAGGAUGAAGAGACCCUCAAGAACAACUGCCCCCACAUUGUUGUUGGCACCCCUGGCCGUGUUCUUGCUCUGGUGCGCAACAAGAAGCUCAAUCUCCGCCACUUGAAACACUUUGUAUUGGAUGAAUGUGACAAGAUGCUGGAACAGCUUGACAUGCGACGAGAUGUGCAAGAAAUCUUCCGCAAUACUCCUCAUGAAAAGCAAGUGAUGAUGUUCAGCGCCACCUUGAGCAAGGAGAUCCGCCCUGUUUGCAAGAAGUUCAUGCAAGAUCCCAUGGAAGUAUAUGUUGAUGAUGAAGCCAAGUUGACUCUUCAUGGCCUGCAGCAGCACUACGUUAAAAUCAAGGAAAAUGAGAAGAAUCGAAAAUUGUUUGAAUUACUCGAUGCUUUAGAGUUCAACCAGGUUGUGAUAUUUGUUAAGUCAGUCCAGAGAUGCAUGGCCUUGGCACAGCUAUUGGUUGAACAGAACUUCCCAGCCAUUGCUAUCCACCGUGCCAUGCAGCAAGAAGAGAGACUGAGUCGUUACCAGCAGUUCAAGGAUUUCCAGAAGCGCAUUCUGGUGGCAACAAACCUUUUUGGUAGAGGAAUGGAUAUUGAGCGAGUGAACAUCGUGUUCAACUAUGACAUGCCAGAAGACAGUGACACAUACCUUCACAGAGUAGCAAGAGCUGGUCGAUUCGGAACCAAGGGUUUAGCUGUCACGUUUGUGAGUGAAGAAAGUGAUGCAACGAUUUUGAAUGAGGUUCAGGAGAGGUUCGAUGUAAACAUCACAGAGCUACCUGACGAGAUUGAGCUCAGCUCAUACAUUGAAGGUCGUUAAAAUGGGAGAGAGGAGUAAUUGUAGGGUCCAGAUGAGGCACUGGUGUAGUGUGAAUGGUAAAAGAAAUGUUAAUGUAAAUGAUUCAUGGUAUAUUUCAUGUUGAGAUUGAUAGUUUGAACGAUCCUUUUAUUUUGUAGUAUUAGUGAUACACAUCUUUUGUUUCAAUUAGAAAACCAUUAUAACCAAAGCUUGCAUGUCAUGGAGCACUGCAUUGUGUGUUUUAUUUUUAUUAUUAUUAAUUUUUUAUUUUUUAUUUUUUUAAGUUGAGCACAAGAAAUGUUUGGAAACUUUGCAGUCUCUUGUAAAGUGUACCGUGACUUGUCAAGAUAUUUUUAAGUUUGUGAAACAUUCAUUGAAAAAAUUUUGCUACCUUAGUAUGAAAAGUAGCAAAACUUAAUUCUUCAAACAAGUACAAGUGUGUAUGUAUAUCAUCUAAUUUUAAGAAAAAUAAAGACUACGAAAUUA